GUAAAGUUUGGAAGGCUGGGAGGUCUAUAGGGGGUGUGUGGACAGGGUGGAGGGAACGGAGGUGGAGGGAGGGUGCGUCUAUUAAUGUCCUCUUGAGACAUAUUCCUGUUUAAAAGGUCCCCUGGUGAGACUUGGGACAGACGUAAAAUACAGUAACUCUCUGGGGGAGCAAUAAGUGGACGCGGAGAGGGAACGCGCAGAGAGAGAAGAUAAGCGCUCUUUGUCAAAUCGAAAUAUUUGAUUUCUUUUUUUUUUUUUACAAAAACAUUUCACUUGAUCAAGGCGCAUUUAAAAGACCUUCGCGGUGAUUUCUCACAGCGCAGUUUACCUUUGAAAACUAUCUGGAAACUUCACACGCCGCGAAACUAACAAAAUGCCAGUCGAGACGAUGUCAAUCAGAGAUCGGUCAGCAGUGGGGCGGUUCCCAUCUGUCACUCUGGGCUGGGGGGAGGAGCCUGAGCCUGAGAAGGCGGAGUCUGGCAAAGAGGAGGCGGAGGAAGGGGCGUGCCGCCGCUGGCUGCGUAAGAUCUGUCCCUGCUGCUGCCGCAAGCCGAGUGACUCGUACGACGUGACAGACACUGUCAUCACAGAGGACGGGGAGAAGCCCUACCAGCCCCACACGGGGGGCAGCGAGCUGGAGGAUUUACUUUUGACAGUCCGCUCGAUGGACCUGCUGAAGUCAAAGACAGGCCAGAACCGGAAAGAGCACCACACCGACCUUUACCACGGCAACGACCUCAUCCUGCGGCGCGGCCAGACCUUCCAGAUGUGGCUGGACCUCUCGCGACCUUUCAACCCCAGCACGGACAAACUUCACCUGGAGCUGAAGACAGGUCCUCUUCCUGUGGUGUCAAAGGGCACACAUAUCAUUAUCCCCCUUGUGGAAGAGCUGGAAGACAACCGCUGGGAGGCCAAGAUUGUGCAGCAGGACAGCAGCCGGGUCAAGCUGUCCGUCAACUCGCCGCCCACGGCUGUGAUUGGCCGAUACCAGCUAAUGGUGGUCACACACAGCCCUGGGGGUGAGGCCACAUCGACACAUGACCCCAGCAACGAUAUCUACAUGUUGUUCAACCCCUGGUGUGAGGAUGACACAGUGUACAUGGAUGAUGAGGAGGAGAGGAAGGAGUACGUUCUGAACGACACAGGAAGGAUCUACUACGGGACAGAGCAGCAGAUCGGAGAGCGCACCUGGAACUUCGGACAGUUUGAUGAAGGGAUCCUCGCUGCCUGUCUGUAUAUCCUGGAUAAAAGUGAGGUUCCCCCCUCUGGUCGGGGGGACCCUGUUAAUGUGGUCAGAGUCAUAUCUGCCAUGAUUAACUCUCCGGAUGACCGCGGGGUGCUGGAGGGAAACUGGUCAGGGAACUACCUGGGCGGGACGUCGCCCACGGCGUGGAGCGGCAGCGUGGACAUCCUGAAGAAGUACCACGCCGAGGGGGGCAUGCCUGUCAAAUACGGACAGUGCUGGGUUUUCUCUGGGGUCACCACCUCAGUGCUGAGGUGUCUGGGAGUCCCCACUCGCAGUGUGACCAAUUUCAACUCUGCCCACGACACAGACGUCUCCUUGACAACAGACGUGUACUUUGAUGAGAACCUGGAGUCGAUCGACCACCUGAACGGCGACUCUGUGUGGAACUUCCAUGUGUGGAAUGACUCCUGGAUGGCCCGUCCAGACCUGCCCCCGGGGAUGGGGGGGUGGCAAGCGGUGGACUCCACCCCCCAGGAGACCAGCCAGGGCACCUUCCGCUGUGGCCCCGCCUCCCUCGCUGCCGUCCGCAGCGGAUUGGUCUACCUCAAGCACGACACGCCCUUCGUCUUCGCCGAGGUGAACAGUGACAAGAUCUACUGGCAGCGGAACCCGGACGGGACCUUCAAUAAGUUCCACACCGAGAAGAAGGCGGUGGGACACUGCAUCAGCACCAAGGCUGUGGGGUCAGAAAAGCGCGAGGACAUCACCCACCUCUACAAGCACCCUGAGGGAACGGAGGAAGAGCGCAUUGCAGUAGAGACGGCAUGUCGCUACGGCUCAAAGCCAGACGUCUACGCCACCCCCGAGGCUGAGGACGUGAAGAUCGAGGUCACCAUGGAGGGGGAGGGGCCCCGCAUGGGAGGCGACGCCCAGCUGACCAUCAUGCUGCGUAACACCAGCUCACAGCCCCGCAGUACCACCCUCCACAGCCAGGUGGCUGUCAUGUACUACACCGGCGUGCUCAAGGGCACUGUCAAAAAGGACAAGAUCCCCAUCGAGCUGAUGCCUAACGAGGAGAAGACCAUGGAAUGGUUUCUGCUGUACCAGCACUACCAGGGCCAGCUGGUGGACCAGGCAGCCCUGAUGCUGACACUGUCGGGUCGGGUCAAAGAAACCCAGCAGGUUCUAGCCACCCAGUUCAUCUUCCGUCUCCGGACCCCAGACCUCACCAUAACGCCUGUAGGGGAAGCUGUGGUGGGGAAAGAGAUGGCAGCCAAAAUCUCGUUCACCAACCCUCUGCCGCGUGUGCUGAAGAACGUGGUGUUCCGAGUGGAGGGGCUGGGGCUACAGAGCGUUCGGGAGAUUGCCGUGGGGGAUGUGGGUAGCCACUCCACCGUGACCCUGACAGAGAACUUUGUCCCCUCCCUGCCUGGAUCCAGGAAGCUGGUGGCCUCGCUGGACUGCCGGCAGCUCACGCAGGUUCAUGGUGUCGCCGACAUCAUCGUGCGAGAGAACUGAGUCUGUGUGUCGGGGGGCAGUUUUCGUCUGUCCAUCUGUCUGACCGGCUGUGGGACUCUCACUCUCUCUCCCUCUCUCUCUUUCCAUGUCAUGAAGGAGUACACUAACUGUACUGGGAUCAGGUAACUGGGCUCUCCAUGACAGAGCGCAUAGUGUUUAGCCCUUGUGACCAGUAACUGUAGAUUGCACUGUACUGAUCCCAGGCUUCUGAAGCCAGUGACACACACCAGCAUCUACUGAUUCAGUUUUCCUUCCUCCCAACUACCAGCACAGUCCUAGUGGCUGUGGUUUUGUAACAUAUGUGAAUUAGAUUAUUAGAAUGAUUACUUUUAUAAUAUUAUUAUUAUAU